AUGAUCCGGCGGGCUUUUCUUCCCACCAAAGACCACCACCAUAGCCAAACCACCACCGGCUUCACCCUCGACCUCGACCAACGACCAACGACCAUAACUACGACCGUCACAGUGGCAGCAUCGCCUCGCCGGACACGUCUGCACAGUCUCCAGGCCUUGGACCCUGCGAUCUCCCCGUCUGAAGACAUCCCGCCUCGUCCCGCACAUUCUGCAGACUCUCAUGGACCGCUAGGCCGCUCGCUGCCUCUCGCCAUUGCUUUAUCUCACCGCAUUGUGCGCCACGGUGGUAGAGACACAGAGAGAAGACCACCACCAAACCCCCACAUCACGGUAACAGGCAUGGAAGAACAUGAUAUCAGGAUGGGAGAGGAGGUCGAGAUAGGAGAAGCUACGGCUGGUGCAGAUACGGCAGAGAGCAGGCCCAAAGCCGCGCCCACGCCCGCAGGUCUGACCGUAGAUGACGGCCGCCCGCAACUGUCGGCCAUGCAGGCUGCCUCUACCUCCUCCGUCCGCACCAUCUCGGGCAUGCCCAUGAUGACCCCUUCUUCCACCCCGCUGGGCCAUGUCAACGCCGCCCGCCGUCCGGGGCCCAUGCCGGUCCGCGGCAGCCAGUCCAGCGGCUUCACGCAGGACAUCCAGGAGAAGAUGAAGGCCUUCUCCCUCUCCCGCCAGGGUGCUCCGGUCAACGGUAACGGCGUGGCUUCGUUUCCGGGAGCCUCCUCGAGCGCACCUACGGUUCCACAGGGUACGCCCAACAGGCUGCCCGGUGGUGUCCCGGCCAUGAACCUGGCCGCGCCACAGCCCACCGGGCCCUGGUCUCCCCCCUCGGGACCCGGUCCUAUCGGGCGUACCCCUACGCCGAAGAUGGGCGGCGGGCUGGCUGCGAAACGAGGUAUGGCGGGGGGCAUGAAGCUGUCCGACGUCUCCGGGCCAUCGCCAGCAGGAGCGUCCCCGGGUGACAGAGGCAGCACGCCAAACGUCAACGGCACAGCUCCUACGCUGUCCGGCAGCGCCAGCUCGUCACAGGCCUCACGCACGCCAGAUACGAACCCAGCUGCGUCGGCGUUUAGCAAGUAUUCUGACUUUAUCGAUACCAAGGCCGGCACUAUAAAUUUCAAUAACAAGGCCGUCAUACAUGGCGGCGGUAUCGACUUCUCCUCCGGCCAGAGCUUCAACAUAUCCCUCGAUGAAGUCGAGUCCCUCAACGAGCUGGGUAAGGGGAACUACGGCACGGUAUAUAGAGUACGACACUGUCGGCCUCGUCUACGCCGGCCAGGCCUGGGUCUAAAGGGCACCAUGGCAAUAGGGAAUCUACCUCCAGACAGCACCCCUACUCCUACUCCUACCACCAAUACUACUACUACAUCUACAACUACUACCACCAAUACCAACACCAACACCGAUACCGAGGAUAGCAACUCCACCUCUACCGACACCGAUGCCAAUACCAAGAAAGACAAAAACGACCUCACCAACGUAAUCAUGGCCAUGAAGGAGAUCCGACUCGAACUCGACGAAGCAAAGUUCACCGCCAUCAUAAUGGAACUCGACGUCCUGCAUCGCUGCGUCUCCCCCUUCAUCAUCGACUUCUACGGUGCCUUCUUCCAAGAAGGCGCUGUCUACAUCUGUGUUGAAUACAUGGACGGCGGCUCGAUGGAGAAGGUCUAUGCAGGCGGCGUACCCGAAAACAUCCUGCGAAAAAUCACUCUUUCCACCGUCAUGGGCCUCAAGUCACUCAAGGACGAACACAACAUUAUCCACCGUGACGUUAAGCCGACCAACAUCCUCGUCAACACGCGUGGGCAGAUCAAGAUCUGCGAUUUUGGUGUCAGCGGUAACCUGGUUGCAAGCAUUGCCAAGACGAAUAUUGGAUGCCAGAGCUAUAUGGCUCCUGAACGCAUCUCCGGCGGCGGUCACCCUGGCAGUGUGGGCGGAGGAGGGACGUAUAGCGUCCAGUCCGACAUCUGGAGUCUGGGGCUGACUAUCGUCGAGUGCGCCAUGGGAAGAUACCCUUAUCCACCCGAAACAUAUAACAACAUCUUCAGCCAACUCAACGCAAUCGUACAAGGCGACCCCCCCACUCUACCCGCCGAAGGCUUCUCCCCUGAAUCCAAAGACUUCGUAUCAAGCUGCUUACAGAAAAACCCAGCCCUCCGACCAACCUACGCCAACCUCAUCCGCCAUGCCUGGGUAGCAAGCCUCAUGCAGCCUCCUCCCGCCGCCACGGCAGAAGGCGGCGCUCCACCCCAGACCAACGAUCACGACACCUUCGACGAGGAGGUGGCAGAGUGGGUUCGCGGUGCUAUCGAGAGAAGGAGAACUGGACAGGGCAACGGCAAGGAACGUCCUGCCUUGCAUGCCGUGGCACUUGAUGCAGUACCCAAGAGCCCCCUGUUAGAAGGCGUCAGCUCCCCCAUCGCUUGA